AUGUCGUGUUCGCAUGAGCAUCACGGCCACACGCAUGACGAUGGCGACCAUGCCAAGCCGGGCGAGGGCACGCAAGAUUUGCUGUAUGGAUCGAUUGACCGCAGCCAAGUGAACGCGCUCAACGAGCUGGUGACGGGGAGUGCAGCCGGCAUUAUCAAGCCGUACGAUGCACGCAUGGACGAGACGUGCGUGCUGGAGUCGGAUGUAGACGACGAGCUGCUCAUCACCGUGCCGUUUGCAGGGAGCGUGAAGCUGCGUGCACUGCUGCUGCGUGGAGGACCGGCCAAAAAAACGCCGCGCGCUAUUCAUCUAUACAAAAAUGUCGAGUCGCUUGGCUUUGACGACGCUUCGGGCGGAUCGCCACCGGCGACGCAGAAACUCGAGUCGAUUCCUGCAACGUCCGAGCUCGUCGAGAUUCCGCUGCUCGCGGCGCGCUUUCCCGACGUACAGAGCGUCACGCUGUACAUCCCCGGCGCUCUGGGCGGCGAGCAAGGCGAGCCCGAUCCGCGCACACGGAUCUCGUUCCUUGGCUUCCGCGGCGAGCCGCUUGCUAAGCAGCGGGGCGGGCCGCAGCAGAUUGUGUACGAGGCGGCGCCGAGCGUUGCCGACCACACCAAGCGUGUGCAUUUGCUGUAUUUCACCGUGGUCAUCCUGAUUGCAUCCGGCAUCUUUUAUGGGUCUAGCAGCAAAGGCAAUCACAUCGACUAUGUCGAUUGCCUGUUCCUGACGACGUCUGCCAUGACCGUGACGGGCCUUGUGACGCUGCCCAUUAGCCAGACGUCUUUGGGUCAGCAAAUCAUUUUGUUCAUCCUCAUGGUGAUCGGCAACCUUGUGUUGAAUAGCCUCGUGAUUGUGCUCCUGCGCAGGCACUUUUUCAGCCGGAAAUUCCGCAGCCUCAUGGCGCAGAAUGCGUCAGCGCGGCAGCACAUGCUCGACGUCGAGCAGCAAGUCCAGCGCGAGCACCACCAGGACAUGGAAAAGGUGCUGCGUUUUUUCGGCAAGCACGAAGAGGAUAUUCUUCCUUCCGAGCCAAAACCCAAGCCCGGCAAGAACAAGAAGAAAAAGUUGACCGUGGGUAUGGUCCACCGCAUCGACGAGCCGGCGCGGCAAGUGAAUCCGACCGGGCAUAUGACGACCAUGGUCGCCGAUCGUGUGACGGACGAAGCACCGGUGCACGAAACCUCAGCGCACACGCCCCAGGGUACUCAGGGCACCGCGGCGCUCCACGGCAUCCUGCACAAUACCGAAACUACAGACGAGUACGGCGUGCCUGUGCACAGUUCGCGCGAGCAGCGCGGCGUGCGCAUUGAGGAGCCCAAUGCCCGUAGCAUUGCGUUUGAGCACGGACCGAGCGUGCGCAUCGACGCGCCCAACGACACGACACUGGCGCGCCGCUUGUCGGACAGCGCGCCGCGCCGCCGCAACCUCACAUUUUCCCGGGCGCAGACCAUGGCGAAUGUCGAGAGCGAGCCGCAAAGCUGCACUGCGUCGCCGCUGCGCGACGACGACCGAGAGAUGGUGCGCUCGCAGACCAUGAGCGCGCUCCCACUCCGCGCACGCACGCUCUCGUUUGCCAUGACCGACCCCGAGAAGGAACAAGCGCUGCCGGACCCGCGACUUGCGCUGCACCGCACCAUGACCAAGAACAUGAACAAAGGCCUGGGUGGGUUUCCCACACCCAUAGAGCUUGUGCUUGGGCUUAUGGAAAUGGUCCACGUCCGCCGCAAACUUCGCGUCGCACGCACCACGACGAUGGCAUCCACAAAUCUCAGCCGGAUGCAUGCGGUGGAGACGUUUGACGGCGAGUAUGUCAAGCCAGCACCGUACCUCACAUUUGACGCGCGCGUCUCGGGCAACUCCCAUUUCCACAACCUCAGCGCCGCGCAGCGGCAAGAGCUCGGCGGCGUUGAGUACCGUGCGCUGGAUGUGCUUGCGUGGCUCAUUCCCUGCUACUGGCUCUUUUGGGUCGCGCUUUGUCUCUUGAUCGGCACGCCGUACAUGGCGAGCAAGUCCGCGCAGCGCUUCCGCGACCAGAUUGAGGGGCAAGAGCGCCCGCCCCGCAGCUCCUCGUGGUUCUGGGUCUUCAAUACCGUGUCGGCAAUGACGAAUUUGGGCAUGUCGCUUUCGGAUAGCAGUAUGGCAGCGGGGUUCCAGAAUGCGUACCUGCUCCUGAUUCCCAUGAUGGUGCUCAUCCUUGUGGGAAACACCGCGUACCCCGUCAUGCUCCGCUUUGUGAUUUGGAUUGCGUCCAAGUUGACGAGAAAGGCGUCGCGCACGUACGAAACGCUCCAAUUCUUGCUCGACCAUCCCCGCCGCUGCUUUGUCUACCUUUUCCCUCGGGAAAAUACGUGGUUCCUCUUUGCGCUGCUGGUCGCGGUCAAUAUCGGCGACUGGUUCUUCAUCAUGAUCCUCGACCUGAGCGAACGCAAAAAGGCUUUUUCCACCGGCGCCUGGGUCCUGGACGCCCUCUUCCAGUCGAUUGCCACUCGCUCUGCUGGAUUCCAGACGCUGGACAUCUUGAGUCUGUCGCCCGCAGAGCAGAUGCUGCAGGUCUUCCUCAUGUACCUUGCCGUAUUCCCGCUCACCAUGGCAGUCCGCUCGACCAACGUGUACGAAGAAGGCAGCUUGGGCAUUUACGAGCCCAAAACAGACGCCGGCAGCCAGACGCGCGGCAGCGAUGGCGACGCUGUCUGGGGACGCUUUCUGUCAGAGCAGAUGCGGCGCCAGGUCGCAUACGAUCUCUGGUGGAUUGCGCUGGCCAUUUGGAUCGUGUGCAUUGCCGAGAAGAGCAAACUGCAAGAUAACGAGACCUAUCCCUACAUUUCUAUAUUUACCGUCAUCUACGAGCUUGUCUCGGCAUACGGUACGGUCGGGAUAAGCACAGGGUCGCCGCCGCGCUCUGCCUCGCUCUCUGCCGACUUUACCGUCGUUUCCAAGCUGGUCGUAUGCGCCGUCAUGCUCCGUGGACGCCAUCGCGGCCUUCCCGGCGCAAUCGACCGCGCCAUUUUGCUCCCGAGCGAAAUCUCAGCCUACGACCAGACACACGACUCUUUGCACCGCGAACUCGACCCCGUGUUUACGAAUGCAGAGGCGAUUGUGCCGCUCCGAGAGGCGCCGCUGCCAAGCGCGACUGCACCCAUGCCCGACAAGCGCGACGCCAAGGAUGCACCGACUGGCCCCCACCCACAUUUUUGUACAUCCCCCGAACCCACCUCCCCUACGCUCGGCCCGCACCCGCCCUCCAUCCAUUCGCUGUAG